ACCAGGAAAUGGGGACGCAAACGUGUGUAUGAGGAGGUCUACACGUUUAAGUGGCUAGGAACCAUAACGUUUUAAUUCUGUGCGUGAAUAACAAACGGGCUGGUUUGGGAAAAAAUAUUUGAUGUUCGACAUGGAUGACGGUAUUGUAGCGUUGAAGAAACAGCUAAUAGAAAAAGACAUGGAAAUUGCUGCUUUAAAAAAGAAACUUGGCCAAAUCCAAAAGGCUAACUCUUUACUAACGGAUUUGCAGGAUAAGGUAUCAGCUCUCUCCCCUUUGAAAAACACCUUAACAAAUGAUGACAUUUUGAGAUACAGUAGACAGCUUCUCUUGCCAGAGCUCGGUGUUAAAGGUCAGAUGAGUCUUUCGAAUACAUCUGUUCUCGUUGUGGGAUGUGGAGGAUUAGGCUGUCCCCUUGCACAGUAUCUUGCUGCAGCAGGUAUAGGGCGGUUGGGGCUACUGGACUAUGAUGAGGUGGAGCUGAGUAAUCUUCACAGGCAGGUGCUGCACACGGAGAAGACCCGAGGGCUGCCCAAAGCCCUGUCUGCAGCACAUGCUCUCAGCAGGCUGAAUUCUAGAGUGGAGUGUGUGCCGUAUCAUCUCAAGCUCUCGUCUGCAAAUGCCCUCUACCUCAUCGGGCAGUAUGACAUUGUGGCAGACUGUUCAGAUAAUGUCCCUACACGCUACCUUGUCAAUGAUGCCUGUGUUCUGAGUGGCAAGCCUUUAGUGUCUGCUAGUGCCUUGCGAAUGGAGGGACAGCUCACUGUGUACAACCACAGAGGAGGGCCCUGCUACCGGUGUCUACACCCCAUCCCCCCACAGCCUGACACUGUCACCAACUGCUCCGAUGGAGGGGUCUUAGGAGUGGUUCCUGGAAUCAUGGGUUGCCUUCAGGCCUUAGAGGUUCUGAAGAUUGCCUCCGGCCAACCAUCUUCAUUUGGGCAGCAGCUGCUGAUAUUUGACGGCCAGGAGGGCCGCUUCCGCGCCAUCAAGCUGAGGGCCAGGCGGGCAGAGUGCGAUGUCUGCGGGGAGACGCCCGCCGUCACGGAGCUGCUGGACUACGAGGCCUUCUGCGGCAUGGCUGCCACGGAUAAGUGUCGAAGACUGAAUCUUCUAACCGCUGAACAGAGAAUAUCUGUGCAGGAAUACAGAGGUAUUGUGGACAGUGCUUCUCCUCACCUUCUACUUGACGUUCGGCCCAAAGUCGAGGUGGACAUUUGCCGUUUGUCAACUUCAAUCAACAUUCCACUUGUCAGUUUAGAGGAACGAAAAGCAAAUGAGGUGAACUUGCUGAAGGAGAAGAUCAAGGAGCUGAAACAGCGGCCAAACACCGACGCACCACUCCCGGUGUUUGUGGUGUGUAAACUUGGGAAUGACUCCCAGAAGGCGGUGCAGAUCCUGGAGAAGAUGUCUGGAGCAGAGCUGGAGCAAAUCACCGUGAAGGACAUUUCGGGAGGCCUAAUAGCUUGGGCGAACAAAAUUGAUCCCUCUUUUCCUCAGUAUUAAGUGACCAUUUGUUUCUUGUACUUCUUUUUCCCCAAUUAAAGUAAACCUG